UAUGACCGCUCAUCUACCAAGAGAGCACCCUGUCCUGGAUGGACAUCUGACAGAGGACAGUGGCUGCCACAAUCAGCCUAGCCCCAUUGUUGUGUGCAAUCCUACCUGCAUCUGAUUUUAGCUACCUUGAUUAACAAAAAGCUAAUAUUUUUAUUAAAUAUAGUUUUAAAUAACACGUAACUGAUGUUUCUGUCCACAAGUACUGAUGGCAUUGGCAGCGUAACUCAUGACUUUGCUUUUGUUUCUCUUCAUACAAAUGUUUCUUAUGUGGUUAGGUCUGUCUCUUGCUGGUGGUUAUUUUUAGGAUGAUUUUGUUCUCUGUAUUUUAAGUGUGCUCUAGACUUCUGAAACUUCUUUUGUUGCAUAAAGCCAGUGCUACAGACAGUGUUUAAACUAGGCAGUUGAAAACCUGUUGACCCAGUCAGCCGCAGCGCUGGUGUGACGUAGCUGUAAUCUGAGUUUCAAAACCUAAAGUGGGAAGUCGAGGAGGUGUAGGCUCCAAAUGCAGUGCCUGAGCUGCUGGUUUUGACGUUACGUUUAGAAUACCAUUCUGAUGGCUGCCUCCAAUUUUGGCCAGCGAUGAAUCCCUGAGGCCUACAAUAUACCAGAUGUUUGAGGUUACUGGAGAUGGAGAGCAUUUGUUCUUAGCUUGCUGUAUGGAUGACGAAGCAGAAAUUCAUACGGAUAAACGCUGCCCUUAGAUUCCUCUUUGAAUGUCUAGCUGUUCUCUGAGGUGGAGACUGCAAGGAAGAGCUCUGCAGCUGGUGUGGACACAGUGAAACCGGCAGCUGUGCCCUGUGGCACUCAGCAAAAGCUGGCAGGCUGACAAACGGGCAGCUUACAGGACGGACUCUCUGGCUACUGACCAUUUAGCUGUGGCAUACCCGGAUUGUGUGUGGGUGGGAAGUCGACAAUGAGCUCCGUGGCAGUUUUGACCCAGGAGAGCUUCGCUGAACAUCGCAGUGGCCUGGCUCAGCAGCAGGUGAAAGUUACAGCUUUAAACUCUGAAGAAGAGAAUGAUCCUCCAACCUACAAGGAAGCCUUCCCUCCGCUCCCUGAGAAAGCACCAUGUUUGGAAGCUGCCCAGGAACCUGCUGGGCCCUGGAGCAAAAUCCGACCAAUAAAGGCUUCUGUCAUCACUCAGGUGUUUCAUGUGCCACUGGAGGAGAGGAAAUACAAGGACAUGAAUCAGUUUGGAGAAGGCGAGCAGGCCAAGAUCUGCCUUGACAUCAUGCAGAAGACCGGAGCUCACCUGGAGCUGUCUCUUGCAAAGGACCAGGGCCUUUCAAUCAUGGUCUCUGGCAAGCUGGAAGCAGUCAUGAAGGCUCGGAAGGAGAUUGUCGCUCGGCUGCAGACUCAGGCUUCAGCAACAGUUGCCAUCCCUAAGGAGCACCACCGUUUUGUCAUUGGAAAGAAUGGUGAGAAGCUGCAGGACCUGGAGCUCAAAACUGCAACUAAAAUCCAGAUCCCCCGCCCGGAUGACCCCAGCAACCAGAUCAAGAUCACCGGCACUAAAGAAGGGAUUGAGAAGGCUCGACACGAGAUCCUGCUUAUCUCUGCUGAGCAGGAUAAGCGUGCCGUGGAGCGGCUGGAUGUGGAGAAAGUGUACCACCCCUUCAUUGCUGGCCCUUACAACAAGCUGGUGAGCGAGCUCAUGCAGGACACAGGGACGCGCAUCAACAUUCCUCCGCCCAGCGUCAACAAGACAGAGAUAGUCUUCACAGGAGAAAAGGAGCAGCUAGCCCAGGCUGUGGCUCGUGUUAAGAAGAUCUAUGAGGAGAAGAAAAAGAAGACUACAACCAUUGCAGUGGAGGUGAAGAAGUCCCAGCACAAGUAUGUCAUCGGCCCUAAGGGGAAUUCCCUGCAGGAGAUCUUGGAGAAAACUGGAGUCUCUGUCGAGAUCCCACCCACUGACAGUAGCUCGGAGACGGUGAUGCUGCGAGGCGAGCCUGAGAAGCUUGGACAAGCACUGACUGAAGUCUAUGCAAAGGCCAACAGUUUUACCGUCUCCUCGGUCUCUGCCCCCUCUUGGCUUCAUCGUUUCAUUAUUGGAAAGAAAGGACAAAACCUGGCCAAAAUAACUCAGCAGAUGCCAAAGGUUCACAUCGAAUUCACUGAAGGAGAGGAUAAAAUCACUUUGGAAGGACCUACAGAAGAUGUGAAUGUGGCUCAGGAACAGAUUGAAGUCAUGGUCAAGGAUCUGAUCAACCGGAUGGAUUAUGCAGAAAUCAACGUUGACCACAAAUUCCAUCGACACCUCAUUGGCAAGAAUGGAGCUAACAUUAACAGGAUUAAGGACCUCUACAAGGUGUCUGUGCGCAUUCCACCGGACAAUGAGAAGAGCAACCUGAUCAGAAUUGAAGGAGACCCACAGGGGGUCCAACAGUCCAAGAAAGAGCUGCUGGAACUCGCUUCCCGUAUGGAAAAUGAACGCACCAAGGACCUAAUCAUUGAACAGAAAUUCCACCGGACCAUUAUUGGGCAGAAGGGCGAGCGGAUCCGGGAAAUCCGGGAGAAGUUCCCAGAGGUUAUCAUCAACUUCCCAGACCCUGCGCACAAGAGUGACAUCGUCCAACUUAGAGGUCCCAAAAAUGAGGUGGAGAAGUGCACCAAGUACAUGCAAAAGAUGGUGGCAGACCUGGUUGAAAACAGCUUUUCUAUUUCUGUCCCCAUCUUCAAACAAUUCCACAAGAACAUCAUAGGGAAAGGAGGUGCCAACAUCAAGAAGAUCCGUGAAGAAAGCAACACCAAAAUCGAUCUCCCCGCAGAGAACAGCAACUCGGAGACAAUUGUUAUUACAGGCAAGAGAGCAAACUGUGAGGCUGCUCGCCACAGAAUUCUUGCCAUCCAGAAGGAGCUGGCCAACAUCACAGAGGUGGAGGUGUCUAUUCCUUCCAAACUGCACAACUCCCUCAUCGGCGCCAAAGGCCGUUUCAUCCGCUCCAUCAUGGAGGAGUGUGGUGGAGUCCACAUCCACUUCCCCACCGAGGGCUCUGGCAGUGACACCGUGACCAUCAGGGGCCCAGCCCAGGAUGUGGAGAAAGCCAAGAAACAGCUGCUGCACCUGGCAGAGGAAAAGCAAACAAAAAGUUACACCGUGGACCUUCGUGCAAAGCCAGAGUACCACAAAUUCCUUAUUGGUAAGGGAGGUGGCAACAUCCGUAAGGUGCGUGACAACACCGGGGCCCGCAUCAUCUUCCCAACCUCUGAGGACAAAGAUCAGGAGCUGAUUACUAUCAUGGGAACCGAGGAGGCUGUCAAGGAGGCGCAGAAGGAGUUGGAGGCCCUCAUCAAGAACCUGGAUAAUGUGGUUGAAGACUCCAUGGUGGUUGACCCCAAGCACCACCGCCACUUUGUCAUCCGGAGAGGACAGGUUCUGCGUGAGAUUGCAGAUGAGUAUGGUGGUGUGAUGGUCAGCUUCCCCCGCUCCGGCACCCAAAGCGACAAAGUCACCCUCAAGGGAGCCAAGGACUGUGUGGAGGCAGCCAAGAAACGCAUCCAGGAGAUCAUUGAGGACCUGGAAGCCCAAGUGACAAUCGAAUGCACCAUCCCACAGAAGUUCCACCGCUCCAUUAUGGGCCCCAAAGGAUCCCGGAUCCAGCAGAUCACCCGGGACUAUGCUGUCCAGAUCAAAUUCCCUGACAGGGAGGAGAACCCAGCCCCAGUUGCAGAGCCAGCGGUGCAGGAGAAUGGCGAGGAAGGUGGGGAAGGCAAGGACGGGAAGGAUGCAGAUCCCAGCUCUCCAAAGAAGUGCGAUAUCAUCAUCAUCUCUGGCCGCAGGGAGAAGUGUGAGGCAGCAAAGGAGGCACUGCAGGCUCUGGUUCCUGUCACCAUUGAGGUGGAAGUUCCCUUUGAUCUUCACCGUUACAUCAUUGGCCAGAAGGGAACUGGGAUCCGCAAAAUGAUGGAUGAGUUUGAAGUGAACAUCCAGGUCCCUGCUCCUGAGCUGCAGUCGGAUAUCAUCACCAUCACUGGGCUAUCUACCAACCUGGACCGUGCCAAGGCCGGGCUGCUGGAAAGAGUGAAGGAGCUGCAGGCUGAGCAAGAGGAUCGGGCCUUGCGAAGCUUCAAGCUGACAGUCACUGUGGAUCCCAAGUAUCACCCUAAAAUCAUCGGGCGGAAGGGAGCAGUGAUCACCCAGAUACGCACAGAGCAUGAGGUCAACAUCCAGUUCCCUGACAAGGAUGAUGAAAGCCAGGCCCAAGACCAGAUCACCAUCACUGGCUAUGAGAAGAAUGCCGAGGCUGCCCGGGAUGCCAUCAUGAAGAUCGUUGGUGAGCUGGAGCAGAUGGUGUCUGAGGAUGUGACUCUGGACCAUCGUGUUCACGCACGCAUCAUUGGUGCUCGUGGUAAAGCCAUCCGCAAAAUCAUGGACGAGUUCAAGGUGGAUAUUCGCUUUCCCCAGAGUGGAGCUCCUGACCCCAACUGUGUGACUGUGACAGGACUCCCUGAGAAUGUGGAAGAAGCUAUUGAUCACAUCCUGAAUUUGGAGGAGGAAUAUCUUGCAGAUGUGGUGGACAACGAGGCAAUGCAGGUGUAUAUGAAGCCCUCUUCACAUGAAGAGUCCAAGGCCCCAUCCAAGGGCUUUGUGGUGAGGGAUGCCCCCUGGGCUACUGUCAACAACGAAAAGGCCCCUGAUAUGAGCAGUUCUGAAGACUUCCCCAGCUUUGGGGCUCAAGUGGCCCCCAAGACUCUUCCCUGGGGACCCAAACGAUAAUGACCUGGAAGCAGAACCUCCUCCAGCCCGCUGACCUGACACUAACCUGCCACAAGUACUUCCUGUCUGAAAUCUGACCCAGCGGCUGGAGCACAAGUCAAUUGCCCCAAGAGGUCUCCUAAUGGUGUCUGGAGUGCUAGACCCCAUCCUGCUCCCCUCAGCUAUCACCGUGGCUAGGACCCACCCUCAUCUCUUGAUGGAUAUUCUUUCCUCCUUUGGAACAAGACUUCACUCAGAUUCAAACACUAAAUGUGUGUGGUUUUGUUAGAAACUUCAUAAUUGACUCAAAGUGGCUAAGAUUUGCAGCUUCCCAAGAGCAAUCCGCUCUCUUGAGCAUGUCUUACUAGGCAUUCUCGCCUUCAUUAGGAGACCUCCUUUACUGUGGCUAGGAAUCUACUUCCUGUCUCAUGACCUCAGGAAAUAAAUUUCCUUGACUUUCUAAAGCCAAAACGUUUGCCCUCUUUCCUUUGUGUUUAUCCCAGGCCUUACCUUACCUUUGUAGAGUGCAAUCAACUUUUUUCCUUUUAACUGCCAAAAAUUCAUUUAAUGCUGAUAGCUGACUGUGGGGAGAGCUUAAAAUAAUCUAAAAGGUCAGAAACUUGCUUUUUAAAGGAGCAAAGCCUUCAGUAGGCUGUAGAAGCAGCAGAGAUGGAAGGGACCAGAGCAACGUUUCGGCUACCCUGGUCAGGUAAACACCUCGGAGCGCAGCACCAAGCACAGCCCCCACCUGCACGCUUGACAAGUCUUCCAGUGCGUGAUGGCAGACCCCACUCCUAGUUCCCUGGGUGCCCACAUUCAUCCUUCCCAACAGCCCACAGUGGGAGCAGGCAGGUGAUCCAGCACAUGCCAGUAUUACCAGAUGGGACAGAUUUGGGUUGGCCAAGGAUGCUGCAGCGGCAUGGCCCAGGAGAAGCUGGUGGGAAGCACGGCCUUGAGAAGCUGUAGUCCUCUGCUAGCACUGCAGGAUCUAGGCAUGAGCAGUAGGGACACCUAUUACUGUUGCCUUCUUUCUACCUCAAACAUCAGUAUGAUGGUGGCCUCUGUGUAAGUGGGUGAGCAGCUAUUCCAGUUCUUGCCCUGGCAUCCAGAGCAGAAGCGUGGAGGAGGAGCAAGAGGAGCCUUUUGUCUGCGAGUGGCAGUGGGAGCCCUGCUGGAUGGAAGCUGAGUGUGGUGAUGAUGAGGCAGGCUGUGAAUGGGAGAGAACUGUAGGACUGCUUGCUGAGCUAGAACAGGGCUUGGCCCCAAGGCCAUAGGUGCAGCCUUGCCGCAGCCCUGGGCUGCAGAGGUUGUGAGCCAGGCUUCUGCUCUGAUAGCACCGGGGGGCUGUGUUGAGCCCUCCCUGAGGCCUCCAUCGUACGGGUGGUAGAGGGUGAUCCAUGCUCUGUACUCUGGGCCACUUGUGCCUAGGUCCUCCCAUGGCUUGCUUGAAGGGGGCUGUGUCCAAGCUCCUCCAGCCAGGAAGAGGAAGAUGGUGUCUUUGAGGGGGGAGGCAGGGAGUAUGGCGUUUCUGUGUUCCCUCCUUCCCCUGCCUCAGUCCUACAGAGUUUGUAGUCUGAGCUAUUCCUCUAUCCCAGCUGCUUCAGCUUUGGCCAAGCAGGAGUCCCUUAGCCUCUCCUCUCUAGCGCUGCUUACAGAGCAAAGGUCCAAAACUCUGGCAAGCUGAGCUGAGCAUUCUUGCCUUUCCCUCUAUCUGGCAGGCUUGACAUGCUGAUGCUUCUUCCCAAGCCAGCUCUUCUUGGAAGAGGCUGCUAUGCAGAAGUUGAACCAAAACCUCACAGUGCUCUCCUUAGGUUUGAGACAUGAUUGAGGCUGACCUCGGCCUGAUGCAGGGCACUUGUCUGCCCAGGGUGGCCUUGGCUCCAGCACAGGAGACACAGGGUGGGUCAGACAGAACUAGGGUGACUCCCUCCCAUCUGCAUCUGUCAGAAAAUGGUUAUUACCCCUGUAGCUUAGGUUUGUCCUGCGUCACCAAGCCUAUCAAUCACCCCCCUCUUCCUCUUUAUGGCCCCUCACCAGUUGCACAGUUAGGCUUGAGUUACAUUUGGGGCACCACCAUCUGAGCUCAUGCCCCAUAGCCCGACCCUCCACUCUAAAGAAGGUCAUGAAGUGAUUGUACCUAGUACUGUCCCCCCACCACCCUCCUUCCGCAGCAGACUGUGGCAUGUGUCCAUUUCUUCUCUUUGACGUCUUCCAUAUUGUACAUUUCCAUAGCAAUGAUCCCUUGGCCUUAACUUUGGAAUUUGGAGACUAUAUGCAAACAUGUAAAAAGGCUCAUGAGUAUGGAUGACACUGGAAUUUUAUAAAUUCUAAAAUAAAACCUGAAACAGC